CAUCGUAUAUAAUGUAACCAAACAACGCCAUCUCUCUAUUCAUAGAUUUUUGCAUUUUAAUAGCAUUUACUGAAUUUUACGAUUCUAAUCACGAAUGCGAAGGAAUUUAUUCUUAGUCAUGGAUCAAUGUGGUAAAGAUGAACAGCCAACAUCUUCAAGAUACUUUAAACCUGGAUACAUUUUCAAACGCGAUGCUAAAAAGACCGAUUCAUUUGAAUUUGAUGACGACAUCGAUGAUGGUGAUUAUGAAGAAAUAAUAAGCCAAGUUCCAACAAAACCAAAGAUUCCGAAGAAUGCCGAAGAACGGAUAGAACAGAUACAAUCACAACAGAUUGAUUUUACUGCCAUAAAAAAUAAACCAGCCGUUUGUAUACCAACAACAUUUAAGGGAACUAACACGAUUCUCGUGAAUUCUAAUCAACGAGAAAAUAAAUUGUUGAAGGAAUUACGUUAUGUCCGUCCAAUUUUUACGGAUUCAAUUUCACCAGCACAUUUUCUUCUCUAUGACAAUUGUUGCGCUCUAUUCCUUAGUCUCGUUUAUCAUAUUGCCAAUCCUAAUUAUAUUUAUGAUCGGGUGAAAGAACUCCGAAAUUCAUAUCAAUUAUCCUUACUAAUUUUGCAAAUUGAUCAUUCAAUAUAUGAGAAUCCACUCAAAGAGUUGACUAUUAUGGCUAUAAGAGCAAAUUUUACCUUAUUGGUCGCAUGGUCGCCUGAAGAAGCAGCUAAACACAUCGAAAAUUAUCGUAUAAAUGCGGAUAAAUCGCCUAGUAUGAUAAUGGGUCGAGCGUUUGAUGAUGACGAAAAUGCAUCAUCAUCAAUGGAAAAAAAGAAAUUGAAUGCAAAUCAAAGUCAUGGCGUAAUUGAUGCAUUGACCAGUGUUAAACACAUUAAUAGAACUAAUGCCAUUACUUUGCUUUCGACAUUCGAUACGGUUGAGAAUUUGACAGUAGCGACAAUCGAUGAGCUAACACUUUGCCCCGGCAUCUCGAUCACUAAAGCAAAACAAUUGCAUUCAAUUUUUAAUCGGCCUUUUAUUAAGCAAUGAAUUCUGACAAUCUUCCAAUUUCUUCUUUAAAGAUGUG